GGUCUUAAACCUGUAGCGGUUUACGUUAGUCAUUGCAAUGAGGGACAAGACUGCAGUUUUCGUUGUAGUUUUUAUUUGAAUGUGUCUUUUACAGGUGUCUUUUGAGUCGGCUUCUCACAGUCCAGCUUUACUGCAGCUCCAUCCCUGUACUGGUGUUUAGAGAAUCAUUCAGUGAAGAUGAGGAGUUGUUUCUUCGUCGUCAUGCUUGAUUUGCUUUGUGACGUACUGCAGUAAAACCCUGUAAGGAAGUGUUGGAAAGAUAUCGGAGAACGGAAGCUAACAGCUGAUUGAUGUAUUUGACGUGAAGUUGCGUCUUGUGGUUAGUGGGAUGGAAACUGAAACUCUCUCUGACUGUGUUGGAGGAUGGACCCUGUGGUGUUGAGCUACCAGGACAGCCUGUUGCGGCGCUCUGAUGUGUCCUUACUGGAAGGACCUUACUGGCUCAACGACCAAGUCAUUGGUUUUGCCUUCGAGUACUUUGCUGCUGAGCGCUUCAGGGUCCUGGGGGCGACCAUCAUCUUCAUCAGCCCAGAGGUCACCCAGUUCAUCAAGUGUGCUUCUUGCCCUGAGGAGUUAGCUCUAUUUCUGGAGCCGCUGGAUCUUGCUUCUCGUCGUUGGGUCUUCCUAGCUGUUAACGACAACUCCAACCAGACCGCUGGGGGAUCCCACUGGAGCCUUUUGGUCUACCAUCACAACUCCAACCACUUUGCCCACUAUGACUCUCAAAACGGCAGCAAUUCACUGCACGCGCGGCGCAUCGCCAGCAAGUUAGAGUCUUUCUUAGGUGCAGGGAGAAAAGCGCUGUUUGUGGAGGAGCCUUGCCCUUCGCAGCAGAACAGCUAUGACUGUGGCAUGUAUGUUAUCUGUAUCGCUGAGGCCUUGUGUGAGAAGGCCAGGGUGGAGGGCUCACCACGCCUUCCCGUGCAAAUCAUCACCCCAACCUACAUCACCCAAAAGAGGGUUGAAUGGUGCAGACUGAUCCAGAGUCUAGCUCAGGAUGACCUCUGCUGCUCUCUGUCUUUCCCUUAGCACAUUGAUUGCCCCUCAGUAUAUGCAGAACAGCUGUCAGCCCCCACAUAUCUACUGCUGGAGCAUCUGAAUGCACUCCUUGAAUACAGUAUUUAACUAUAUAUGAAGUAUAUUUCUAUUACAGUCUCUAUCAUACUCUAUAACAGAAAAAAAAGUUUAAAAAAUAAAGCAAUGUUACAAAUCUUUAAUGAUUCAUUGAA